AUGAAGAACUUCGCGAAUAUUUUCCUUCUCGUCGUCUUUUGGACCGUCGCACCGGCCACCCACGCGUCGCGCGUUUUAAAGGCCGCCACGACAGAAUCGUGGGAUUCGCCGCCCGCGGUGGUGGUGGGGGUCAACUAUCUACCGACUCGUGCGCGAAGAGAGCUCGCGACAACGAACACGGCUGUCGGAGGCUCCUUCGGCGAUAUUAGCGAAAAUCCAAGCAGUAGUGGUAACGCCCCGGCGACAAGUCGCACGCGACGAGUUCUAGCGAGCGACUACUUUUACGAGGAAGAAGAUAGCGGCGGCAGCGGCGGAUCGUACGGCGGCGACUACUCGGGCGGCGCGUGGGAGCCUCCGAAGCCUCAAUGGGGUUACGUUGGCUCGACGGAUACUGGGGGAAGCACGGAGCCCUGGAUGGGUGAAGACUGGGUUCCAACUGACGGCUCGUCUUCAACAGACUCCGGUGCUGGCGGCGAGGAAAGCGGCGGGGAGAGCGGCGGUGAAAUCGGGGGCAAUUCGAGCUGGCAAGACGAGCCAUUAACAAGCGAUUUCAGUGACGGCGGCAGCGGCGAGGAAAGCGACGGCGGCGGCGGGACCUGGGACGACCUGUGGAGCAAGUGGGGGUGGGGGUCGUCAGACGAGCCAGAUACUAUCAGCGGCGCGGACCCCGGGACUGACUGGGGCGACGACGGAAGCAGCGGUGGCGAUAGCGGCUGGACGGACGACUCUACUGACGGCAGUGAUGGAGGCGACGGGUCGAGCGAUUGGUCAGGCGGCGACGGGUCGAGCGGGGGAACGAGCGGAAGCGGAUGGGGGAACCCGUACCCUGGUUACGGCUGGGUUGGAUCCACAGAUACGAGUGGCAGCACGGAUUAUGGCAGCGGCGGGGAGGCACAGUACAGCACUCUGACUACAACAAGCGGCGACGACGGCAGCAGCAGCAGCAGCAGCGCCAGUAGCAGCGCGAGCAGCAGCAGCAGUACGACUCCUCCGAGGAGUCCUCGUCCUCCCAAGGGCUCGCCUCCUCCUGCGGUUGAUACCCCCGCCGUGCCACAGCCGCCGCACGUGCCUGGCGGUCCUACGACUACCCCUCCUCCCUCUGGCGUCCCCGUUGUUCCCACACCACCCUCUGAUGUUCCUCCUACCCCUGCUCCUCCCACUGAUGGAAACGUUGUUCGUGCUCCCUCUGACGGCUCUACCACCCCCGUUUUCCCUCCUGGCGGCCCAACCACCCCCGUCCCCCCGCCUGACGGCUCAACCACCCCCUUUCCCCCGCCUGAUGGCGCCACCACCCCUCCUCCUCCUGAUAGUCCUCCUGACGGCGCAACCACCCCUGCCCCUUCCUCAACCUGCGUCAUGGAUCAAGGGGCCGUGCAGGCAGCCCUCUCAUGGGCAUGUGGCGCUGGUGGCGCAGACUGCUCCGCCAUCCAGCCUGGCGGCGCAUGUUACGAGCCGAAUACACUCGCCGCGCAUGCGUCUUACGCAUUUAAUAAGUAUUAUCAGCAGCGCGCGCACGCGCCUGGGACCUGCUUCUUUGGAGGGACGGCUGUGGUGGUGCCGGCGCUGCCUGACUACUCGCCUGAGACUGGAGGCUGCAAGUACCCUGAGGGGAAUGCUCAGUACUGUGUUGUGGGCUGCAAGUGA